AUGGAUAACAUUCUUAAGGUACUUACGCAACAAAAACAGUUAUCGCUGUGCGAAUAUGUGAAGCGUAUCGGUCUAGGCAAUUUCAAGAAUCUUGACCCAACAUAUUUGAAUGAUUUUCUAAACAAAUUGAACGAUAUACGGAAUGCACCAAGUGGAAAAGAUGAAAAAAAUGAGGGGGAAGAUGCUAUGGUGGAAGAAUAUGUGUUGGAGGCGCCUCCACUCAUCAACAUCAGUAGCAUCCAAGAGUGCAAUGAAGAGCCACCGAAUGGGAGUAUAUUUAUCGACACAUAUAAAAAAGCAAAAUUAAGGAAUGAAUUAAAACAGAUGGGUCUGGAAAUUAUUAAACAGAGUGAAGUAGCCGUUUUGAUCUUAGCUGGUGGUAUGGGAUCCCGACUUGGAUUCAAUAAACCAAAGGGGUUACUAGAAAUUACUCCUGUUCUGAAGAAGACAUUUUUCCAAUUCUAUUUUGAGCAAGUGAAGUUCUUGGAAGAGUACACCGUUGCAGUUGACACGGUUCCGAGAAGCCAUGAUCAUGCCAAUGGGGAAAAUAGCAUGGGAUGCGUUAACCGCUCAAGUGAAAGAGGGGAUGAUUCCCCCAAAAAAAAUAUCCCCUCCAAUGGAACGACCAUAUACGUCUACGUAAUGACAUCCGAGUACACGCAUGACGAAACGAUUAACUUUUUGGAAGAAAAAAAUUUUUUCGGAUUAAAAAAAGAAAAUGUAAAAUUUUUUAAGCAGAGCAAUAAUUAUGCCACCGAUUUUAAUUACAAUAUUGUACUGUCCAAUCAGAAUACCUUGCUGACAUUCCCUGGAGGAAAUGGAGAUGUCUUCCGUGCCCUCGACAAAAACCAAAUAAUUGAAGACAUGAUUCGAAAGAAGAUAAAGUAUAUUCAAGUUGUAAGUAUUGAUAAUGUGUUAAAUAAAAUAUGUGAUCCUGUGUUAAUUGGUUUUUGUUCCUUUUUCCAUUGCGAUGUUGCUAAUAAGGCGGUUAAAAUGGAAGAUGUAGGAUCAAUGGGCAUUUUUUGCCUAAAGAGGGCAACAAAAAAAGAGGCACACGAUAACGCUAUGAUGAACGAAUUCUCCGUGUGUGAAUACACAGAAGUGAACGAAUACAUUUUGAAUAACCCAGAGCUCUUUAUAUAUGGCAAUAUUUGUCACCACAUUUUUUCAUUACCUUUUUUGCACCAUAUUGUAAAGGGUAAACUUUACAACCAUAUGAAGAUGCAUAGAAUAGUGCGGAAGAGGGAUUACUACAAUUAUGAGGAGGAUAAGAAUGGGGACAGCCCCUUGGUAACCUCUUCCCCCCUGUAUUGCUACGAAUAUUUCAUUUUCGAUGUUUUUAAAUAUGCCAAAAGGAUUUUAUCUUUAGAAGUUUCCAUAGAAGAUGAAUUUUAUCCAAUAAAAAAUAACGACAAUGGAAUGACUAUCCUGAAUGCACAAAAAAAAUUAAGUCACAUGCAUAGAGCGUGGCUUGAAAGGAUGAAGUUUACCAUAUUUCCUAACCCUUUGGAGAAUCUCAACUGGUGCGAAAUUUCUCCUCUGGUGUCUUACGAUGGAACUUUUUUUUUUAAUUUGCCUUCACAGAAAAAUGUGCACCUUCCCUUUGUAUUGGAUUCGACUUCAUCCUCCUAA